GAAUAUAUAUAGUCAUCUUUAACUCUCUCUGCACCUCUCAUCUCCUCUCAGUCUCAAUCCUUCACAAGGAGCCCGCAAUUUCUCUUCUCAGCAUCCUUUUUUUUUUUUUGAUCUUUUUAUUUAUUUGAUGAAAGUUCCCCCUCACUAUGGCUCAGAAGGUAGUCUUGAAGGUUCUGACUAUGGCCGAUGACAAGACCAAGCAAAAGGCUAUAGAAGCUGCUGCUGAUAUAUAUGGUGUGGACUCUAUAGCUGCUGAUCUGAAAGAGCAGAAGCUGAUCAUCAUCGGCCGGAUGGACCCGGUGGCAGUGGUGAAGAAGCUGAAGAAGGUGGGCAAAGUUGAUAUUGUAUCGGUUGGGCCAGCAAAGGAAGAAGAGAAGAAGGAAGAAAAGAAAGAAGAGAAGAAAGAGGAGAAGAAGGAAGAGAAGAAAGAAGAGAAGACAGAAGAGAAGAAGUAGACCAGCAACAUACGAGAAUCUCCAAUAAUGAUAUAAAUAACAUACAGGGACCUUUGAGGCUCGCGUGUUUGAACUUUACGAUGAUACGAGUCAGAGUCACAAACCAUUACUUUUAAAACAAUAUGUUGAAAUGACCAUGGCAUGCAAGUUUUGAUAUUGUUUCUAUUCAGCUAAUAACUUAUUCAAUGGGCAAAAAAGAGAGGCUUCUUCUCCUCCCUCGGGA